UAAUAGCAGCCCAGGAAAAAAAGAAAAAAAACAUGUAUAUCAUAUUACUCAAAUUAUGGCUAAAAAAAUGCCAGUCAUAUCCACAACUCUACUGAGCAUUCCUCCCCAACUGUUUAGAACAGUUCACGAUAUUAUUUUUUCCCUGUAGCAUCAGCACGUCUCGUUUCAGCAAUUGUCCAGCGUCUCCGAAGGGAAUUCCAAAUGUUUGUCCCGCUGUAAUAUUUAUCUAAUGGUUUCUGGUGUUCAUAAGCAGUCUUAUCACGUUGGCCUCAUCAAAUCCACCCAUCAACCGCUGCCAGACAUGCGAUAUUGAGGUGACCAAAUGCAUUUUGAUGCAGCUGAAGCCGUUGCAGAAUCAUUUGUCGAAGAGACACUGAGGUUUCUGCUGGAGAAUAUUUGACACUUUGACUUUUUCAUGUCAUCAUUUGAAUUUUUCUGGGCAUUAGUGUACCCUGAGGGCAGUUGAAUGUCAAUCUCCCCUCCAUCAAAUCCCUGACGACUUUUUCCCCCUUGAUAUCAAGUGCGAAUAGAAACGAUUAGUCAGUUUUCCGUUGGAUGUUGGAGGAGACACUUCAACAUGGGAAUUGGGAGGAUUAUUGUGGUGAUUUUCUGUGUCAAGUGCUUCUGUGGAGAUGUCGCGGAGUCCAGAGAUACCUGGAUGGGCUCCAAGGAUGGCUCCGGGGAGUAUUGGAAUCCGAGAUCAUCAAGAGUCCAGAGAUCCCUGGUGCAAUCAGAAAAGCCAAAGCUCUCGGUCUGCUGUCCACCCGGAAGCUUCAUGAACUCUUCCGAGACCAUCGAUUGCCUAUCAAACACCUCAAAGCCCAUUAGCGAUCCCGAGGUGCCUCGGAUUUUCCGAGAGAACCUGAAACCAUCGGACAAAGGGCCACAGGAUUUUCAAAGAGUCUAUCGGAUCCCCUGUAAAAAUGGCUUUUACGAAAUGUCGAGUAAAGCACCACUUUUUGACGUAUUUUAUUUGCUCGAGGAUGGACGAAUCUACCAGGACAAUUCGAAAUAUAAAGUGCCAAAUGCAUUCCUGGGACAUGAUGAAUUCUGCUUGAGCAGUUGGAUGGGAGAUAAUGGCACAUACACGAGGAUCAUUGCGUGCUAUCCACCAGUGCAGAGGGAAAUUCCCCUGGCUUACACCAUAAGUCUUGUUAUGUCAAUGCCAUUUCUCGCUGCAACUUUUCUCGUUUACGCUUUCUUGCCGGAAUUGAGGAAUAUUCAUGGAAUGACCUUGAUGCCCUAUGUCGCAUCGAUGUUCUGGGGCUACAUGGGACUCGUUGUUGUACAGUUUGGGGGUGCUUCCCCCUGGCAUCACACAGGAUUUUGCAUAUUUUCAGCCUUCAUUAUCCACUUCUCGUUCCUCUCGUCCUUCUUCUGGCUCAAUGUCAUGUGCUUCGAUAUAUGGUGGACCUUCGGCCGAAAAGCCGGACAAGUGGUUGAGCAAAACGGGGGCUUUCGCGCACUUCAGGGCAGUGUCAAGCAGCGGGAGAGAAAAAAAUUCAUCAUCUACUCGGUGUAUGCCUGGGGAUCCGCAUCACUCAUCACUGGGGUCUGUCUCAUCAUGGAUUUUGUCCCCAACAUUCCUGAUAGCUAUAUUAAACCGAGAUUCGGGGAGACAAGGUGUUGGUUCCCAGAUGAAAUUUCAAAGGCGGUGUACUUUUACGGCCCCAUGGGUGUCACGGUCGUCUGCAAUAUCUUUCUGUUCAUCUCGACAGCGCUGAAAAUUCUACAGCACAAAAGAGACACUGCGACGCAGCUCAAGGGGAUUGACAGUCGUCGACAUGACGAUAACAAGCAAUGGUUUAAUCUCUACCUGAAGCUCUUCAUCGUAAUGGGAAUAAAUUGGUCGAUGGAGAUAAUCUCCUGGCUGUUGAACAAGGACACCCCCCAGUACGUGUGGUACCUCACCGACCUCGCCAACACCCUCCAGGGUGUCAUAAUCUUCAUAAUCUUCGUUUGGAAGGACAAGAUAAGGCGUCUACUCAUGAAACGUUUUGGCUGUCAAAAGGGAAAAUUUCAAUCUGGAAACUCAACUCGGAGUGGCUACCACUCCUCCGCCUCCAACAAGACGUGCACGUCGAUCGCUCUUCAGGAUAAAAUCCCUGGCGAGAGAAAUAGGGUCAACACGACAACCGACGAGAGCGACUGCGUCUGAACGAUUUCGAUCGAUUGAAUCGGAAUUUUGACGAUUUUCGAUCGAUCAGUACGAAAAUUUUGACAUUUUCUUCGAUAUCUCGCGAACCGGAAGAGAUAGGGGAUCCAUUCUAGUUUCGUUGAAAAGUUGGGAAAAUUUGCGAUAAAAUACUCUGGUUUUGAGCCCAUUUUGCCCCAGAAUUCAAGGGAAAUGGCGGAAAAUUGGUUUUUGCGGCUCAAAAUCGUUUUUCACGAAUAUUGAAAGGAAUUAAGGGGUAAAAUGGGUUCAUGAGCAGUGGGGUACAUCGGAAAUUUCCCCAGCUUUUCAAUGCAAAAAAAAUUAAGUCGAUAUCUUCGUUAGUUCGAGAGAUAUCGCGGAUUUUAUCGGACGAAUUGACGAUUCGAUUUUAGAUUAUCUUAUGAUUUUCGCAAAAAUAAUUCAUGAGUAUUUUUUAUGAGCUUUCUGUAAUGUAAGAUCUAUAUAGAGGAAUAGAGUCAACACGACAACCGACGAGAGCGAUUGCGUCUGAACGAUUUCGAUCGAUUGAAUCGGAAUUUUGAUGAUUUUCGAUCGAUCAGUACGAAAAUUUGGACAUUUUCUUCGAUAUCUCGCGAACCGGAAGAGAUAGGGGAGCCAUUCCAGUUUCGUUGAAAAGCUGGGAAAAUUUGCGAUAAAAUACUCUGGUUUUUAAUCCAUUUUGCCCCAGAAUUCAAGGGAAAAGGAGGACAAUUGGUUUUUGCGGCUCAAAAUCGUUUUUCACGAAUGUUGAAAGGAAUUAAGGGGCAAAAUGGGUUCAUGAGCAGUGGGGUACAUCGGAAAUUUCCCCACCUUUUCAAUGCAAAAAAAAUUGAGUCGAUAUCUUCGUUAGUUCGAGAGAUAUCGCGGAUUUUAUCGGACGAAUUGACGAUUCGAUUUUAGAUCCUGACAUCUUCGUAUUCAUCUUAUGAUUUUCGCAGAAAUAAUUCAUGAGUAUUUUUUAUGAGCUUUCUGUAAUGUAAGAUGUAUAUUUUCUAUACGCAAUACUCGACUGCUUUUGAUGGCGGGAGUAUUUUUGGUGAGAGAGAACGAGAGAGAGCAAAAGUUAUUUUUAAGAAAUUGCGAUUUUUCUACUGAAAGGAUAGGGAUUCCUUCGUGGGAGGUGGAUUCGAUUAGCUUUUCUCAAUUUUUAUUGAUUGCUGUGCCUUUAUUUUCAUAUCUGAUAGUUCGAGAGCUUCGUAGCUGGGAUUGUAAUGGAGGGGUCGAGUGGUGAAACGUGCACACGGAGAGAAAUAUUCAGUAAAAAUUACGGAAUUCACAGUUCGCUCACCGAUUACGGAAUCGACUCCGAAAAUUUAAGUGACGGUAUCGUAAUUUUUCACAGGAGAGUCGGGUAAAAAUUGCAGAAAGCUCUGGCAAAAUUCCGUGAUUUUAGGUAAAAAUUCCGUGACAGUUCUGUAAAAUUUCCUACAACCACAUUUCACUCCGGAAUUACGGAAAAGAUCCGUAAUUUUUAUUGAAUAUUUCUUUCCGUGUGAUGAGUUGGAAUAACGCACAAGUAAUGGCCAAUAAUAUUUUGCAGUAAAUGCAGUUUUUGACGAGAGAGGUCAGGAUUUUGCAAGACGUUGGGGAGAGUGGGGUCGAGUGAACCUUUUUUGAUGAUCAAUUGUCCAAUUGAUAAAUGAUAAAAUUGGAAUGAAUUCAAUCUUAUUUGAGAAAAUGCUGAAGAGUUAUCCAUUUUGACUAAUAAAUUCUAGACGAAAGUUGAUGUGAAUAGAAACAUUCUGGUUGAGUCUGUGUUUAAUGGUCAAUUAUUUAUAGUAAUUAAUCUGGAUGUGCAAGAAUAACACAGAUUCUUAUGAGAAAAUUAACUUUCGGAAAUUAGGAAAAAGAUAAAAAUCGAGAAAAAAUUUCUAGAAAAAAAAACUGAAU